AUGGCCGUCGACAAGACCCCAGCUACCAGUCCCAUAAUAACAGCGGGCUCGUCCUCCUCCUCCUCUUCUGAUGUUCUCAAGCCGCGCUCUCCUCUUGACGACCACCGACUCUCGUUCAACCACACCAAAGACCUUCACACUCAUUUAUCAAAACAGGCUUCACACGAAUCUUCCUCUGGCAGGCAAGAUCGAGGGCGCAGCAGAAGCAGAGAGUCAGAGAGAACAGUAGCCCCGGAUAACGACGAGCUUCAGGUCACAGCCAUGCCGUCAGGAUCCGGCUUCCAGAACAUCGAGGAGGCGGGCGAGAAGGCCCGCAAGAGAGACGACUGGAUUGCCAUCUCUAACUUCCACCCAGGAUGGUUCUCCGUAAACAUGGGCACUGGCAUCACUGCCAUCCUGCUCCAAAACCUACCGUACCAGUUCCCCGGUCUUCACUACAUCGCCGUCAUCCUCUUCAUCCUCAACGUAAUCAUCUUCUUUCUCUUCCUGACCAUCUCGAUCACCCGAUACUGCCUAUGGCCCGACAAGUUCAAGGCCAUGCUCGCACAUCCCGCUCAUUCUAUGCUUCUUGGAACCUUCCCCAUGGGUUUCGCCACAAUCAUUAACUGUAUCGUUUUCAUUUGCGUACCUGUUUGGGGUGAGUGGGCUUCCAGAUUUGCCUGGGGCCUGUGGUGGAUUGAUGCCGCCGUAUCAGUCGCCAUCUGCUACUUUGUCCCCUUCAUGCUGUAA